CUCACUUCUAUUUCACUUUUUACAGAAAUGGUGGUUAUCCUUUAACAAGAUACAUUGGAUUAAGGCACUACUACUUUCAAGUACUCAAAUUUUCAACUGUAUUUUCCUUUGGUGCUUGUUUUUAAUUGAAUCUCAGCUACAUCAUCCCACUGCUGGCUCAGUAAAAGCUUUCAUCGAAUCCGGGGUUUGCCUCGUGCCGGCCCGACAAAACACCACUACUGUAUCAGCUUCAUUUUCUUUGCUUUUCUUACUCUGCUACUGAGCACAACGAUAGUGUCGCUGCUGAGGUCAUUCAAAUUCAAAGCUCAUCAUGUCCGCGAAUAAACCUAUUCUCAAAACUUCUCUUCCAACUGCACAUGCAGCCUCCUCAACAGCAGCACUACAAAAGCCCAGCAAUGCCCGUCGUGCGCCAUCCAAGUCGAAGGCGCCCGAGCAGCAAAAGGGCCAACCUACGAACAGGUCAAACGUCGACCCACGACAUCUCGCAAUCGCCAUGCAUCAUGCGCACCAGAUUCAGGCACAGAAAGACACAGAAGCUCUCAUCCUAGACCGCAUCCUCGAGCUGGUCAAUUUUCCUUCUUCGCCGUCGGCAGACCCCGCCACUCCGUCUGCUGAAGACGCUCGAGCUUUCAAAGCAGCCCUCGUUCCCUUCCAACCUGCUGACUACGAUAAUUUGAUUCUUGAACGUAACAUCGAGGGCCUCUGUGGAUAUGGUUUAUGUCCCAACGAGCACCGCAAAGAGGAUGUUAAAGGCAAGUUCAGGAUCACAUGGGGCGCCAAGGGUAGUGAGAAGCUCGAAAUGUGGUGUUCGGACGAAUGCGCCGAACGAGCGAUGUAUAUACGGGUGCAGUUGGCAGAGGAACCUGCAUGGGAGCGCCGGGAUGGGAGCCACGCCAAGGAGCUCGUAUUACUCGAAGAAGACAGAGCAAGGGCACGGAAAGGAAAGAGCAAGAUGAGCAGUUCAGCCACCUUGAAAGAAGUCACUGGUCAAUUGGAAGACCUUCACAUGGAAGGGACUGAAGGGCCGAAUGAUCUUGCAAGCGGCAUCUCUGGCAUAUCUUUUCUUGAUGCCGCUCGCUCUCGUGAGCUCGCCAUGGAACGUGGAGAUGCAAAUCCAGCUCUUCGAGCCGGCAGAGUGGACAUAGCAAUCCGAGAGAAUGAGGAUGUCUCCCACGAGGUCACCCCUCCGCAAAUGCGGCCAGGCGAUGACAAAGGAGGCUCCAUUGAAGGCUACGUGCCAAAGGAGAUGUGAUUUCGAUAUGCACCAAUCUCGUCAUUUGACAUGGGCCUGGUCGCGGCAGAGUUCGAUGGGAUGUUUCGUUUUGUGAUUCUACGGCGUCUUUGUGUUGAUGACGAUACCCAAUUUACUGUUGUAGAUAGACUGGAAUAAACUGAAUUUGAUCCAAUG